AUGACCAGAAACAAGAUUGAAGAGGUCUUGGCAGACCAAACGACCCGGUUACCUAAAUCAAAGCUCAUUUUGCUUUGUUUUGGGCUGCAGAUUGCACUGUUUCUCAGCUUCAUCGACUCCACCAGUGUCAGUACUAUCCUGCCCAUUGUGGGUGCCGAUUUGAAUGCGGCGAACUCAAUCACUUGGGCUGGAACCGCUUUCUUGGUUGCGAACACAAGUUUCCAAGUGAUCACUUCGCGACUCUCAGAUUGCUUCGGAAGAAAAAUUAUCUUGAUGGGAUCCUUGUUCUUAUUCGCCCUAGGAGAUCUACUGGCGGGCUUUGCUACCAACAAAGUAUGGCUAUACUGUGCUAGGGCGGUUGCGGGGAUAGGUGGAGGAGGUAUCAACUCUUUGUCUAUGAUCAUUAUGUCAGACGUAGUCACACUCCGUGAGAGAGGUCAAUAUCAGAGUCUGCUCGGAAUUGGUAUUGCUUUGGGCUCCGGAGUUGGUCCCUUUCUGGGAGCCAUCCUGGCGGAGAAAGUCAGAUGGUCGUGGGCAUUCUGGGUUAUCGCACCCUUGAGUACCUUGACGAUGGGCCUUAUCCACUUUACUGUUCCGCUCAGGCCUGUCAGCGGCGAUUUUAAAGAAAAGCUCCGAAGCAUGGACUGGAUCGGUAGUGUGCUGAGCUUGACAAUGACCGUUUGCAUACUUGUACCUCUGAGUGGCGGCGGGUCUACUUUUGCCUGGAAGAGUCCGGUAGUGAUAUCGUUGUUUAUAGUCGGUGGUUUAGCAGUACUAGCCUUUAUAUACGUGGAGAGAAAAGUCGCAAGGUACCCUCUAUUCCCAGGCCGAUUACUCAAGAACCGAAAUGUUUGUUUGCUGCUGCUACAAACAUGGCUAGUGGGUAUUGUGUACUAUGGUGGCAUCUACUUCGUGCCAUUGUAUUUGCAAAACGUUCGUGGUAACACUCCUAUACUAUCAGCGGCUCUUCUGUUACCUCUGGUUUUAGGACAAGUUCUCACAACCACCAUAUCCGGAUACGUUGUCAAGUACACGAAUCGGACCUGGGCCUCAUUCGUUUUCGGCUUCACAUUGUGGGCUGCAGGUCAAGGUGCUCAGCUUUGUUUUACGAGAUCCACAACACAAGGGGUAAUCAUAGGAUGCCUCCUUCUACAAGGUUUCGGCAUUGGGUCCACGAUACAAAGCACUCUUGUACUUGCUCAAGCUUCGGGUCCUGCAGGAGACAGGGCUGUGGUGACUGGCGUGAGAAACUUUGCAAGGACAAGUGGUGGCGCUAUCGGGUUAGCUAUCGGCAACACCAUAUUGCAGAACAUCUUUCUUGCAAACAUACCCCAGGAUCUACCUGAAGGACUACGUAUGGAGAUAGCCGCCAACUUUGAGAUUAUCAAUACGCUGGACUUAGAUAUAGCCUCUCAAGUCAGAGAUGCUUAUAUGAAGGGGAUCAGAAACGUGUUUAUUUUCUUCGUACCUGUAGUUGUCCUCUGCUUGAUGAUGUGCUUUUUCAUCAAGGAUCUUCCUCUAGAUGCUCCCAUGGCGCCAAUUUUGCCCAAUACCAAAGAACCUCAGGCCAUUGCCGACCCUCUGGACCAGAAUGACUCCACACUGUCAUCGCAACCGUAUUCGAUAGAUGAGUUGCCAGAAGAGGAGAAGGAGGAGAUCAACCUAAGGGAUAGAUAG